ACCACGCUCGUAUCGCAACAUCACAACGCCAUUUUCGACAAUCCGUCAGGCGGUUUGCAGCAGCAGAGAGCACCGAAGGAAUUGGGUCAUAAGACUGACCGUGGGCGACUGCGAACUAGGAUUCUUCAAGAAAGCGCGGAAAGCCUUCUCCGGAGAGCCCGAUGCGUGCGGUGGCCGGCAAGGCUCGGACGAGGCUUUGCAGUGCGGGCCCCGGGUGAGAGAGGGGAGUCACCAGUUGUGGCAGCGCGGACUAACACGAGAAGCGCACAGAAUGAAGAGAGGUCGGAGGGGAGACGAGGGGAACAGCAGCUCGUCUAGCGGAUUUUUAGAGGCAGCAUCCAAGAAGACGCGGCCACUGGAGGAACCCGAGGAUUCGACCUCCACCUGGAGUCUUUUGCCUCAGGAGAUCCUGCUGCUCGUCUUCCAGCACCUGCCCCUGCUGGACCGGGCGUACGCCUCCCAGGUGUGCCGCAGCUGGAACCAGGCCUUCCACAUGCCUGAGCUGUGGAGAUGCUUCGAGUUCGAGCUGAACCAGCCUGCCAGCUCAUACCUGAAAGCUACCCACCCAGACCUGAUCAAACAGAUCAUCAAAAGGCACUCCAAUCAUCUACAAUAUGUUAGCUUCAAGGUGGAUAGUAGCACUGAAUCAGCAGAGGCUGCCUGUGAUAUCCUGUCACAACUAGUCAACUGUUCACUCAAGACACUUGGCCUCAUCUCAACAGCUAGACCAAGUUUCAUGGAAUUACCAAAGUCUCACUUCAUUUCGGCCCUGACGGUGGUUUUUGUCAACUCCAAAUCCCUGUCAUCUCUGAAGAUUGACGAUACCCCAGUGGAUGAUCCAUCUCUGAAGGUCCUAGUGGCGAACAAUAGUGAUACUCUGAAACUGUUGAAGAUGAGCAGCUGCCCCCAUGUUUCUCCUGCAGGGAUCUUGUGUGUGGCGGACCAGUGUCACGGCUUGCGUGAGCUUGCCCUCAACUAUCAUCUGCUUAGCGACGAGCUGCUGCUUGCACUGUCCUCUGAGAAACACGUGCAUCUGGAGCACCUGCGCAUUGAUGUGGUCAGUGAGAACCCAGGCCAGACGCAGUUCCACACCAUAAAGAAGAGCAGCUGGGAUGCCAUGGUGCGCCACUCGCCCAAGUUCAACCUCGUCAUGUACUUCUUCCUCUACGAGGACGAGUUUGACCCCUUUUUCCGAGACGAGAUCCCUGUUACUCACCUGUACUUUGGCCGCUCUGUCAGUAAGGAGGUGCUGGGCCGAGUAGGCCUGAUGUGUCCGCGUCUGGUGGAGCUGGUAGUGUGCGCCAACGGGCUGCGACCCCUAGACGAGGAAUUGAUUCGCAUCGCUGAACGCUGCCAACAGCUGUCGGCUAUUGGCCUGGGUGAGUGUGAAGUCUCCUGCAGCGCCUUUGUGCAGUUUGUCAAGAUGUGCGGCCGCCGGCUAUCGCAGCUCUCCAUCAUGGAGGAGGUGCUGAUCCCCGACCACCAGUACACCCCAGAUGAAAUCCACUGGGAAGUUUCUAAGCACCUGGGCCGCGUCUGGUUCCCAGACAUGAUGCCCACCUGGUAGAGCUACAGCUGAACCCUGCCUACUCGAGCCACCGAACGCUGGCAGGAUCUGCUCAGUACUUGCCGAAGGGACCGUGCACGCAAAGUGUGGAGUCAGAAUGUCUGUGACUUUACACUUUGUUUAAAAAAAAAAAAUAAAUAAAUUCUCGUGGCCUUCUGGAUGUGGUCAUGGUUCUGGGCUAUAAUGAGGUUUAUAUACAUUUCACUUUCUGCUUUUCCCUACCACUCUCUUUUUGCUAGCAGGCUGUGGUGUGUGUAAUAGAGAAUAAACACUUCACAGCAUGUCCGCAACCCCACAAAACAACCACAUGUGAAGGAGCACAGGACAAAUAUGAGAGUAUCCUUGGUUUUAAUUCCUCAAGUUCGAAGGAUAAAAUGAAAUUACAGUCCAUAGCAGUUGCUAGACAAGGGUUUUUUUUUUUUUUGAAGCAGCUUGGUCUGUGUGUAUAUGUCUAUAAAAAGUUUACCAAGCUAUUGUUGUAUAGAAUGAGUGAAAUCAAGUUAAAUGUUAAGUAAACUUUACAUUCUCUUUUUUACAAUGCAUAUAGGAAGUUUUUUUUUUUUUUUUUUUUUUUUUUUUUCUUCCCCUUUUUCUUUUCUCAUGAGACCUGCCUCAGGCUUAUUCUCAGUUGUAGAUUGCAAAUUUUUGGGGGAAUAUAGAAGAAGCAGAUCAAAGUUAAUAACUGUGUUGUCUCUAGGGUGCUCUGUUAGUCCCUGUCAAAAAAAAAGCGUGUUCUGUUCCCUUAGCCCAGUAGUGUGUGCCACAUUAAAGCUGCCCAUUGCACACUCUGGGAGGCUGGCGGGGAUUUGGGGAACUUAACUGACACUGUGCUGUAUGGUGGCUUCAUGUGGGAACACAGAGAAACCCUUCUGUUCUUCUCCUCCUACAGCUUUUCAGGUGCGAUGUAUAACCGUACUUAUUACAUGAACAUAGGAUCUGGAUAAUGGAGAUGGUGGUGGUAUAUACUGUUGGUUUGGGAUUUUGUGGAGUUUGCAAAUUGAAUGCUUUGUAAUUUUUUUGUGUAAAUUGCUGGUGUACAGAUCUGUUUUUACUGCAUUAAAAAAGUCUGUCCCUGAAAUUUUUCCAGCCUAAGAAAUUCUAUGUGUAUAUUAUUUCUAGAAUGUAAUAAGCAAAGGUGAAUUUACUAUAAAGGAAUUAAACAUCACAAAGAACAACUACUUCAAGUUUCUAGAUUGGUGUGGGAUGACAAAUAUUCAGAUAAAAAUGGUUGCAAAGGUGGAAAAACAUUCUGAUGUGCUUUAGGGAAGGCUAAAUACUAAUGUCACCAUUUAAGCAGGCAAGUAGCUUAUGUAUUGACUGAACGUACGCUGUGACUUGUGUAUUUUCAAAGAUGUAAAUAGGCAAAUACGAAGGAUCCAAAAUAGCACUUACUGCUGUUAUUUAUGCUUUCAGUGCUGAGGUAGAUACAGUAACUGAGUUUUGGGAGGUUAAUCACUGACAAUAUUUAAGUGAAACUCUUAUUUUCCUCUUGAUAAGGAAGCUCAUGGAUAUUUUGUAUAUAAAAUGCUUUGUGUUGGAUGGUGAAGACAGUUGUGUGAGUAUAUUCCUGUCAGACCCUUUGCAGGAUAUUCAGGUUAUCGUUGGCAGUCGGUAUAUUUCGUUUGAAAAUGUGGGCCGAAUCCGUUAGUGUACCAGUUUAUACUUUUUUCCACUUUUCAGGUUAUUUUUAAUUGGUAACCAUGUUUGAUUAUACUUUUAACUUAGUAUAAAAGACACAUUUAAAAAAUUGAU